AUGUCGUGGAGAAAUCAAGGCAUUACCGGCUCAAAUAACAUUCCUCUUGGGAAGCGCCGCUUCGCUGAUGAAGAGGAUGGAGCUUCUGACCAAGAACCGAGCAGGGGCCGCGACCCAGCACCCAGAACUGAAGCCGAUGGUCCUCGCCGACGGAAGAAGCGCAACCGAUGGGGCGAUGCAUCUGAAAAUAAGGCUGCAGGCCUCAUGGGGUUGCCGACUGCCAUCAUGUCUAACAUGACCAGCGAACAGCUCGAGGCCUACACUCUGCAUCUUCGAAUAGAAGAGAUCAGUCAGAAGCUACGUAUUGACGAUGUCGUCCCUGCCGAUGGGGAUAGAUCGCCUUCGCCCGCGCCACAGUACGACAAUCACGGCAGACGUAUCAACACGCGAGAAUACCGAUAUCGCAAGAAGUUGGAAGACGAGCGACACAAGCUGAUUGAAAAGGCUAUGAAGACGAUUCCUAACUACCAUCCUCCACAGGACUACCGCAGGCCCACCAAGACCCAGGAGAAGGUCUACGUGCCUGUGAAUGACUACCCGGAAAUUAACUUCAUUGGCUUACUUAUCGGACCCCGUGGUAAUACACUCAAGAAAAUGGAGGGGGAGUCUGGUGCUAAGAUUGCUAUUCGAGGCAAGGGCUCUGUCAAAGAAGGCAAAGGCCGGUCAGAUGCUGCUCACUCGAGCAAUCAGGAGGAAGACUUGCAUUGCCUCAUCAUGGCUGAUACAGAGGAAAAAAUCAACAAAGCGAAGCAGCUCAUUCACAACGUCAUUGAAACGGCCGCGUCCAUUCCCGAAGGCCAAAACGAGCUUAAGCGCAAUCAACUGCGAGAACUUGCCGCCCUCAACGGUACUCUCCGGGAUGAUGAGAACCAAGCUUGUCAAAACUGCGGCAAAAUUGGCCACCGCAAGUACGACUGCCCCGAGCGUCAAAAUUACACUGCUAGUAUUAUCUGUCGUGUUUGCGGAAACGCGGGACAUAUGGCCCGUGACUGUCCCGAUCGGCAGAGGGGUGCUAGCUGGCGGAAUGACGCCCGGCCUGCAGGCAGAAUCAAUGGCGGCGAUGCCGUUGACCGUGAAAUGGAGCAACUUAUGCAAGAACUUGGAGGAGGUUCCGGACCAGUAGGCCGAAUUGAAGCUGGUCCUGGGGGCGGCGAUCAAAACGGAACGGAUGUCAAGCCCUGGCAACGUGGCCCGACUGGUGGCCCUGCUCCCUGGAGAUCCCGCAACAACGACUCCAACGAUGGAGAGCCUCGUGGAUCUGGUGCCGCGCCGCCUUGGGCCAGGGAACGAAAUCGCGGUGGGCAUGACCACCAUGGGGAUCGUGACCGCGACCGAGACCGUGACCGCGACCGUGACCGUGACCGCGACCGAGACCGCGACCGUGACCGCGACCGCGACCGCGAUAACGGUUACAGUCAAGGCUACGGCUCAUCCGCAUCAGCUGCUCCUCCCCCAUGGCAGCAGCAACAGCAGCAGUACCCGGCUCCCGGAACCCAGGGCGGGUAUCCUGGAUAUGCUGGGUAUGGCGGCUAUGCUCCUCCUCCUGGUAUGGGUGCACCCCCAGGUCUUCCUCAGAAUGGUGCCGGACUGGCAGCCCCCCCGGGCCUCACUGGAGCAAAUCCUAUGAUUCAACAGUAUGCCGGAGCUGCUGCACCAGUUCCUCCCCCGCCACCACCGCCUUCGGGUGAUGCGCCGCCGCCGCCGCCGCCUCCUCCUAGCAACCAGCCUCCCCCUCCGCCUCCUGGCGCUUGA